CAUGUCGACUAAUGAUAAGAAGCUUAGAUGGUGGGAACUCUCUGACGAUGCUUCAAAAGAUAGAUAUCGCCAGGAUAUUCUACUUCAGAAAAAAUUUUCUUGUGUUGAAAAAGAGAAAAAGAUGUGCUGUAGUGUUUUAGAUUCGGAGAAAAGAACCUUUAAAAGUGAGAUGCAAAGAGUUCUACCUAAGACAAAUAAAUGCAACUUUUUAAGUGUUAUUGCAAAGAAACUAGAAUACGAAAGACAACAACAGACUACUGAGAAAGUUCAAGCUUUUUGCGGACACGAAUUUAAGCGUUCAAACACGGACUAUUCGGAAGCAGAGGAUGUUGUUCAAUCGAGAGAAUGUCAUAUGUCGAACUGGGAACGUUUGAGUACUCCUAUUAAGAAAAAUAGGUGUAAAACUGUUAGAUUACGACUAGAAAUGGAAUUGAACAACAAACCAUUGACUUCUUUGAGCAGACCAAAGUCAUUUCCAUCUCUAUUAAAUCUACCAAAAAAAGACUUGAAUAGUUCAUUCAACAGUCCAAAUCGUUACCACUAA